AACCAACAGUCUAACCCAUCGACAUUAAUAUUAGGUCUAACCCCUCUAACAUAGACAUGUAUGAUGUCGAUGGUCUAAACCUAGAAGCAGCGCGGAAAGAUGACGUCACGUAUUCUCAUAACAAACUAACCGCGCCCACAGCUUAAAGCCUUGACUACACACCCCCAGGUGUUCAUUCAACUCUCCGCGCUAGCUUUAGCCGACCUUCUUUGGGAGCUAAAAACAACUCAAGAACACGAUGGAAGAGUUUCUGCAGACUGUGAGCGUGGACAAGCGGACAGUGAGUCUGCUGACGACCGCCGCCUGCGGACUGGGAGCUCUGCUGGUUCUGGUUCGGUCGGUGAGCUCCCGCCGAGCGGCGAAGGAGAAGAUCCAGAGAGCCAGGACCCGGAGGACGGAGAGCCUGCACCGGGCAGAGCAGGCGGUGCUCCGCUACAGGCAGUCGCAUCCAUCCACCGACUCUGCUCUCAUCCUGUCCUUGUCUCUGUCUGAGCUGACGAAGCGGCUGCAGGAGGACUCGCUGAGCCCUGAGGAGGUGUUCUACUCCUACAUGGAGAAGACUUUAAAUGUGCACAAAAAGCUGAACUGCUGCACAGAGAUUCUGCUUGAGAGUUUGGAUCAGCUGAAGACCAUUGGCUCCAAGAAGAAGGGCCUGCUGUAUGGCGUUCCCAUCAGCAUCAAGGACAACAUUGCUUAUAAGGACCAUGACUGCACUUGCGGUGUGGUCAUUAAUCUGGAGCAGCCCGCCCAGGGCGACAGCGUGAUCGUUAAAGUUCUGAAGAAACAAGGAGCUAUUCCCUUUGUGAAGACCAACCUGCCUCAGGCGCUGUUGAGUUAUGACUGCAGUAACCCCAUCUACGGGCAGACCCUUAAUCCCUGUAAUCCCCAGAAGACCUCGGGAGGCUCAUCCGGUGGAGAGGGGGCUCUCAUUGGGGGAGGGGGCUCCAUACUUGGCAUAGGCAGCGACAUCGGGGGGAGUAUCCGUAUUCCCGCCUCGUUCUGUGGGAUCUGUGGCUUCAAGCCGACGGCGGGUCGACUCAGUUCACAGGGGCUACUACCCAUUUACAGAGGUCAAAAGUCUGUGCUUUCAGCCACUGGACCCAUGGCCAAGGACGUGGACAGUCUGGUUCUGUGUAUGCAGGCUCUUCUCUGUGAUCACAUGUUCUCCUUGGACCCCACUGUGCCACCGGUUCCUUUUAAUGUCCAGCUCUACGAGAGCUCCAAACCUCUGAGGAUCGGUUACCUGGAGAGUGAUGGAUACUCACAGCCCACGCCGAGCAUGGCCCGCGGUAUCAGAGAGGUCAAAGCUCUGUUGGAACAAGCAGGACACACUCUGGUGCCUUACCAACCUCUGAGGGUAAGCAAGAUCAUGACUGAACUCGUUUUCAAGGGUAUUUUUGCAGACGGCGCCACCAGCAUGGUCCAAAAAUUGAAGGGCGGACCCAUCGACCCUUGUCUUCGGGUUCAGAUUAAUUUGUACUCAUUACCAAAGUGGUUGAAGAGAAUCAUCGGGUUUCUUCUCAAGCCCUUUUCUCCUCGAUUCCCUUUCAUCAUGGAUGCUGUCAGUGGACUGAAAUCCAUCCCAGAUCUGUGGAAGCAGCAUGCUGCUGUAGAGGACUACAUUUCUGAGACGAUAGCACACUGGAGGAGCUGCAACAUAGAUGUGGUGUUGUGCCCUGUGAUCGGACCAGCCUACAACUUUUCUUACUGUGGCCAAAUUUCAACUAUCCUCAGUUACACAGCUCUUUACAACCUCCUCAAUUUCCCUGCUGGUGUGGUUCCUGUUUCCACGGUGACGGCAGAUGAUGAGGAAGAACUUAAACACUACAAGGGCGUGUUUCAGGACAAAAUGGAUAAGUUGCUCAAAAAGGCUGUGACUGGAGCCGAGGGUCUGCCCGUGGCCGUGCAGUGUGUGGCCCUGCCGUGGCAGGAUGAGGUGUGUCUGCGCUUCAUGAAGGAGGUGGAACACCUCGUCAAACAGAAGAGGAAGUAGAGAACGACAGCGUUCCUCAUGCUGGGACCAGCGCGUCCUCGCUAAAGUGCCUUCUGGGUGAAACGCUGCACAUUUUGUACAGGAGUGUUGGCUUAAUAACGCCUGGUUAAGACAAUAAUAAGCACUGAAAUGUAUGAAUCACUUUGGAACCAAUAGGAACUUAGUUAUUACUAAUAAUGGUUGAUUUAAUGAAGCUGGAUUUUUUUACUAAUGUCUAAUGCUUUAAGGAGUUUUAGCUUUUUGUUUUGACUUAUCAAAGUCACAAGAUUUAGCUCUCCGAGACAUCUGGCCAGGUCGGUUUAGUAACCGAGAACAUCUCAGAAAUUUUCUGUUAAAAAAUAAAGGUUAAAAAAACCAAAAAAUAUAAAUAAGAGCCUGCUAGUGAACAUCAGGGGAAACUGAUGUAUGAUUUGCACUUUUUAAUGUUUGACAUGUUUCUUUGUUACACCAGCAGUUGUGUUAUGAUUAUAUUACAUUUAUGGCAACUAGAACUAAAAUCACAACCUGAAUGUUUUAAAAUAAGGAUUAAUAGUAUGUGAACUCUAACAUUAUCUCUUUGUUUUUGACCUUAAUUAAAUGCAUAAACCCACAACAAAGCAGAAUAAAACAAAAAGUAACCGAGCAACA